AUGCGCUCUUCUCUCUCCCUCCUCCGCUCCCUCACACUUUCUCUCUCACACCACCACUACCACCCUACCCACCGAUUCCCGAGACCCAUCUCUGGUUUCCCGCUCGCCGUCGCCGCCAAAUCCCGCCGAGUACUCGCGCUUCCCUCUUCCAGUACUUUCGUCGAACACCUUUCGGGCGAGGUCUCGCAGCCGGGGGAGAAUUGGGAUUUGAGCAAUGUUGCGCAGGGCGAGGCUUUCGACUUAGAUAAGUGCUUUUCUUCAGCCGACUUGAAGCACCUGGCGGUUCCGGAGCUUGAGGUUCCGGAGCUCGAGGACCUCCCGGAGCAGUGGCGAAGGUCGAAGCUGGCUUGGCUUUGUAAGGAACUGCCGGCGCAUAAGGCCGGCACGUUGAGUCGGAUACUCAAUGCGCAGAAAAAGUGGAUGAGGCAAGAAGAUGCCACUUAUGUUGCAGUGCAUUGUAUGCGAAUUCGCGAAAAUGAUGUCGGGUUUAGGGUGUACAAAUGGAUGAUGCAACAACAUUGGUAUCGUUUUGAUUUUGCUCUUGCUACCAAGUUAGCAGAUUACAUGGGUAAAGAGCGAAAAUCCUCAAAGUGUAGGGAUAUAUUUGAUGAUAUAAUUAAUCAGGGGCGUGUGCCUAGUGAAUCUACAUUUCAUAUAUUGGUUGUUGCAUAUCUUAGUGCAUCGGUUCAAGGUUGCUUGGAGGAAGCAUGUGGCAUUUACAAUCGUAUGAUUCAGUUGGGAGGCUACCAGCCCCGGCUUAGCUUGCACAAUUCUCUCUUCAAAGCCCUUGUCAGCAAACCUGGAACCUCUUCGAAGCAUUACCUUAAACAGGCUGAGUUUAUUUUUCAUAAUUUGGUAACAACUGGACUUGAGAUUCACAAGGAUAUUUAUAGUGGCUUAAUCUGGCUACAUAGUUGUCAGGAUACUAUAGAUAAAGAGAGGAUGACAUCAUUAAGGAAAGAAAUGCAACAAGCUGGAAUUGAGGUGGGCAGAGAUGUGCUUGUGUCUAUCUUGAGAGCUUGCUCAAAGGAGGGGGAUGUGGAGGAAGCAGAAAGUACUUGGCUCAAACUUCUCCACCUUGAUGUUGGUCUCCCAUCUCAGGCAUAUGUUUAUAAAAUGGAAGCCUAUUCAAAGGCUGGAGAACCUAGGAGAUCCCUGGAGAUAUUCAGGGAGAUGCAAGAACAGUUGGGUUCAGCUAAUGCUGUGGCAUAUCAUAAAGUCAUAGAGGUCUUAUGUAAAGCUCAAGAAGUUGAACUUGCAGAGUCCCUCAUGACAGAUUUCAUCAACACCGGUUUGAAGACUUUCAUGCCAUCUUAUAUUGAUCUAAUGAACAUGUAUUUCAACUUAGGCUCACAUGACAAAUUGGAAUCAGCUUUCUUCCAGUGCCUUGAGAGAUGUCGACCCAGCCGUACGAUUUAUUCUAUAUACUUGGAUUCUUUGGUGAAAGUUGGUAAUCUUGAUAAAGCUGAGGAGAUCUUUGACCAAAUGCAGAGGAAUGGGGCAACUGGUAUUAAUGCUCGGUCCUGCAACACCAUAUUAAGCGGAUACCUAUCAUCUGGAGAUUAUGUCAAGGCAGAAAAAAUAUUUGAUCUGAUGUGCCAGAAGAAAUAUGAUGUUGACUCUCCAUUGAUGGAAAAGAUUGACUAUGUCUUGAGCUUGAGCAGAAAAGUAGUUAAGAGACCUGUAAGCCUGAAGCUGAGCAAAGAACAACGAGAAGUUUUAGUAGGUAUGCUGUUGGGUGGUUUGCAGAUUGAGUCAGAUGAAGACAGGAAGAAUCACAUGAUCCGGUUUGAGUUCAGUGAGAAUUCUAGCACACAUUCUCUGUUAAGGAGACGUAUGUAUGAUCAAUACCACGAGUGGCUACAUCCUUCUUGUAAAACCAGUGAGAGUACUGAUGACAUACCAUAUAAAUUUUCAACCAUCUCACAUUCUUGUCUAGGUUUCUAUGCGGACCAGUUUUGGCCAAAAGGUAGACAGGUGAUUCCAAAGCUAAUCCAUAGAUGGUUGUCACCCUGUGCUCUUGCCUACUGGUAUAUGUAUGGGGGCCACAGGACUUCAUCAGGUGACAUAUUGUUGAAGAUAAAGGGAAAUGAAGAGGGUGUUGAGAAGAUUGUCAGAGCCUUGAAGGCAAAGUCCCUGGAUUGCAAGGUGAAGAGGAAGGGGAGAGUUUUUUGGAUUGGUUUUCUUGGAAGUAAUUCUACCUGGUUCUGGAAAUUAGUAGAACCUUAUAUUCUAGAUGACUUGAAGCAUCUUUUAAAAGGUGGCCAAAUCUCAGAUAACAGCGCGGUUGAAACUGAAAACGUCAACUUUGGUAGUGGGUCUGAUACUGAUGAGAAUGCUUCUGAAUCUGAUCACACUGAUAAUGAUAAUAAUUUGUAG